CUUCACCCACAGAACUUAAGGCCACAGGCACUGCCCACUUCUUCAACUUCCUGCUCAACACUACCGACUACCGAAUCCUGCUCAAGGAUGAGGACCACGAUCGCAUGUACGUGGGCAGCAAGGACUACGUGCUGUCCCUGGACCUGCAUGACAUCAACCGUGAACCCCUCAUUAUCCACUGGGCAGCUUCCCCACAGCGCAUUGAGGAGUGCAUCCUGUCAGGCAAGGAUGGCAAUGGCGAGUGUGGGAACUUUGUCAGGCUCAUCCAGCCCUGGAACCGAACACACCUGUAUGUGUGUGGGACUGGCGCUUACAACCCCAUGUGUACCUAUGUGAACCGUGGACGCCGUGCACAGGCUCCACCGUGGACCCAGACACAGAUGGUCAAAGGCCGCGGCAGCAGAGCCACCGAUGGUACCAACCGUCCGACACCCACAAUCCCACUCCAGGAUUACAUCUUCUACCUGGAGCCUGAGAGACUCGAGUCAGGGAAGGGCAAGUGUCCAUACGACCCCAAGCUGGACACAGCAUCAGCCCUCAUCAAUGAAGAGCUCUAUGCAGGAGUGUACAUCGAUUUUAUGGGCACUGAUGCAGCCAUCUUCCGUACACUUGGAAAGCAGACAGCCAUGCGCACAGAUCAGUACAACUCCCGGUGGCUCAAUGACCCUUCAUUCAUCCAUGCUGAGCUCAUCCCUGACAGCACAGAGCGCAAUGAUGACAAGCUCUACUUCUUCUUCCGUGAGCGCUCUGCAGAGGCUCCGCAGAAUCCGGCUGUAUAUGCCCGCAUCGGGCGCAUCUGCCUUAAUGAUGAUGGUGGUCAUUGCUGCCUGGUCAACAAGUGGAGCACAUUCUUGAAGGCUCGACUAGUCUGCUCUGUGCCGGGCGAGGAUGGUAUUGAGACUCACUUCGAUGAACUUCAGGAUGUGUUUGUCCAGCAAACCCAGGAUGUGAGGAACCCAGUCAUUUAUGCUGUCUUUACCUCCUCAGGCUCCGUGUUUCGAGGUUCUGCUGUGUGUGUCUACUCCAUGGCUGACAUUCGCAUGGUCUUCAAUGGGCCCUUUGCUCACAAAGAGGGUCCCAACUACCAGUGGAUGCCCUUCUCAGGAAAGAUGCCCUAUCCCCGCCCAGGCACAGUAAGUACCCCAGCCUGCUUCUUU